AAGCGUUAGAGACGGAUCAGCGGGUUUUCUUUUGUUGCUGCUCACAGGAGACUCGGAGACAUCAUGCACGACUUUCCCGUCCUCUUUACCGCCGUAUGUUUGGGGUUUUUCCUGAGUGAAGCGCCUGGGGUUAGAGCUGAACCCCUGUACGAUGAUUUCCUCCGGGAUAUUUUAGCUGUCUACGGUGAGAACCGGUUAUUAGACGUUAACGCGGUUAAUACUUUGCUGGAAGCCGUCUCUCUGGGAAAACCGGCGGGUCUGGACACCCGCAGUGCGCAUGCGCAGUGUGGAUCUGCAGAGGAGAUUCUUGAUAUCUACGGUCUUAGUAACCUGACGCAUCUAGACAACCGGCAUCUGAUAACCAUCUGCCCUGCCCUCCUGAACAGAGCGGUACUUCCACCCUGUCCUCUACAAGCAGCUGAGCCUGGACUACACAUAGAGCCCUAUGUAUGGGGUUAUGGUUUCCUGGCUGUUACCAUCAUCAACCUGGCCUCCCUCCUGGGUCUCAUCCUCAUUCCCUUCACCAAGAAACCAUACUUCCCCAAGGUGCUCACGUACUUCAUCGGGCUGGCCAUCGGGACACUCUUCUCCAACGCUGUGCUGCAGCUCAUUCCUGAGGCUCUGGGAUUCGACCCCAAAAAGGAUAACUACAUCUUGAAUGCUAUUGGGAUCUUCGGUGGAUUUUAUCUGCUCUUCUUUACUGAAAAGGUCCUAAAGAUGCUCCUAAAAACUGACCAAGAGCAUGGUCACAGUCAUUUCAGUCCUCCUGAGGUUCCUCAGCAGAACGGAGCAGCUGUCAUCACCGUCACCAGCUUCAGCAUCCCGAGCAGCGACAAAAGCAGCUUGACUUCAGAAGCUACAGUGGAGCAGACGCUGCCAUCUCAGGGUUGCUGCGGGAAGCUGGCACAUGUGAAGACGCUGGCGUGGAUGAUCACGCUCAGCGACGCUCUUCAUAACUUCAUCGACGGCCUGGCCAUCGGAGCGUCCUUCACCGUCUCCGUCCUCACCGGCUUCAGCACCUCCAUCGCCAUCGUGUGUGAGGAGUUCCCUCAUGAGCUCGGUGACUUUGUGAUUCUACUGAACGCGGGGAUGAGCAUCCGCCAAGCUGCGCUGUUUAACUUAAUAUCAGCCAUGUCAUGUUACUUGGGCCUGGUGUUGGGGGUCCUGGUGGGCAGCACUUUCGCACCCAACGUCAUAUUUGCCCUGGCUGGAGGAAUGUUUCUCUACAUCGCCCUCGCUGAUAUGUUCCCGGAGAUGAACGCCAUUGCUAAGGAGGAGCAGCAGCAGAGUGGCAAGACAAAUUGGGUGAUCUUUUUCAUUCAGAACGCUGGGCUCCUCAGUGGGUUCGCCAUCAUCCUCCUCAUCACCAUGUUCGCUGGAGACAUUAACCUGGGCUGACCUUUUGACUAUACACCACUAAGUGCCUUAUUCCUUAAAAAACACACACACAAAAGCAACAUUGAUUGUAAAAAUACACUAGGACUGAUCAUGAACUAACACUUUUGUACAGCAACUAGAUUCCUCAGCGUGAGCAUAUUUUGAAUGACCAAAAAAUUCAAAGCAAAAGAUGAUUAUAACUUUUUUUGUAUAUUGUUUUAAUCAAUAGUAAAAUUUAUUCUCUAAUCAACUUUAUUUUUUUAAUACAUCAUUUUCUCAUUUAAACUAUUUCACACAGCUGGGUGUAGUGUCAGUAUAUUCCAUGAAGGAUUGAAUCCUUAGAACAACUGGCUUCCCAAAGCAUUGUUAUUUUAUAUAUUUAAUUCCUUUUUUAAGAAAAUAAAGCACUAUUUAAAAAACAUUGUGCAAUAAACUGAGAAAGAAAUGUCAGUAAGUAUGAGCCUCCAAUCAGAGUGGAUUAGAAAUUCAAGAUCAAUGACAGGGAUCGGUAAAUCCAUGCAGAAAAUCUGGGCAGCUGGGAAAUACCAGCUAUUACAGCCGGGGGUGGGGGGAGAUUAGUCAAUGCUGGAACCAUUACUCAAUAUCAGCAGCCAAAGAGUUGUAAGUCAAUACCAACAACCAAUUAGCCAAUUAAAUGAACCUGCCUUAAAUGGAUGGAGUAGGGAAUUGGGCAAUACCAACAGCCAAUCAGGGGACUUGAUUUAUAACUACAGCCAGUGAGAAGGAUGAGUAAAUGACAUACGCCAAUGAAGGGGAUCAUUCAAUAUUUUUGAAAAUUAAGUAGAUCUGCUAAAAUUAGCAGCUAAUCAGGGGAAAUUGACUGGUACCUGAAGCCAAUGAGAGGGAUCAGUCAAAAGUAUUAACCAAUAAUAGGCCAAUAUCAUGAGCUAAUCC